AUGGAGGCAAUCACAUCUCUUCUAUUCGAUGUCAGACAGGAGUCUUCCAUCACCAUCACGGAAAGGUAUCCGCAUAUGACACAGGAUGGGGCAUCGCUUGUGGUCACAGCUGGUAUCAUGAUGGUGCUAACGACCCUCUGGACGAUAAUGCGCCUCAUUGCCCGUCAGAUCACCGGAAACUCGUUUCAAUUGGAAGAUUGUUUGUAUUUCGCCGGGCAGGUACUCUACUACGGCGUCGCGACGAGUUUUAUCCUGGGAGGUGUACUUGGCGGUGCAGGACAUGACGUUGAGGUUCUGGAUCCCGACUUACACGUCUCCCACUUUGUCAAGAUAUUCCUUGCCGCACAAGUCAUGUACGCGAGUGAGCUGCUGGCAAUCAAGCUCAGCAUUGUCGUUCUGAUGCAGCGGAUCUUCUCGCGUAGUAGUACGUGGUUUCGAUACACUAGCUGGGUUGCCAUCUUCCUGUCCUCUGUCUGGGCAUUGUACACAGCGUUGUUGGGUUUCGUCGUCUGCCAGCCAAUCCAAAGCGCUUGGGACAUCUACAUCACCAAAACUGGGUGUGGCAAUUAUACAGUCGCCUUCAGUGCUGUUGCAAUAUUCGACAUCAUUACCGACGUUGUCAUUGUGGUCCUUCCCAUCAAGGUUGUCAGCGGCCUCCAGAUGGCUAGAGCACACAAAAUUGCGACUUGCGUCGUCUUUGGUGCUGGAUUUAUGUGA